CUCACUUCUUAGGGCCUCACCUGAAACAAUCUCUGCGGCGGCGGUGUUCGACUCGAUUCGAUGAAGCAAUUAACCUUAUUAUCAGUCAUCCUGUGCGUUCUGGGCGCUCGGGCGGCACCCGAUCGUACCCCACGCAUCAUCAAUGGACAAACAGCCGCUCAUCAACCGUACAAUGCCUACAUCGUGUACACCAGGGCCGACGGCUACGGAUAUUUCGGCGGUGGUACGAUUAUCAGCGACCGGCACAUUCUCACUGCAGCCCUCAACAUUUUAGGAUUCAUCCGAUGGGAUGUUGGAGUGGGAAGCAACAUCCUCAGUCAACUGGGCACCGUCACCUCAAACACGGCAACGUCCCACCCAUCGUUCAACUCCGCUACCCGCGCGAACGACAUCGGAGUCAUCACCCUGCCCGUGUCCUUGGUGAUCACUUCUUCCGUAGCACCGAUCGCUCUCCCCCCGCUGAACCAGCAACUUGGAUAUCCAUUUGAGAACGAACAAGGCUCAGUUGUUGGAUUCGGAUUUACCGAUGUUGCUGCAACGGUUCGACCCUCGUAUCUGAUGCGUGCCUAUCAGCGUGUGACCACUAACGCCCGUUGCCAACAGUACUACCAGAUCACGCUUCCACUGCACUUCUGCGCCGAAGAUGCGUCCGGAUAUGCGAACAUCUGCAACGGAGACAUUGGAGCCGGUUUCAUUACGGAAGUCAACGGCGUCCAAACGGUUACCGGAGUAGCUUCGAUGAUCACCCAGAGCUGUGGCUAUCUGUUCCCAGCUGGAUAUACCCGCGUCGAGUCCUACCGGUCAUGGAUCUACAGCAUCACCUUGGUUUAGAGCUGUGUACGAUUGAUUAUGGGCGACGGAAGUGAAAAUAAAAGCUACGGGUGUGGCACGUGUUUUA